AUGGAUGAUUCUAAAUCGUUUGAAGAAAAGUCUGAUGAGUCUAUGGAUUCUUCAGAAUCUGAUGAAGAGGGACUGGUUCCGUUACAAAGGCCUGUAUUCCUCAAGAGACCUGGUCGCCAGCAAGGUGACGAUGAUGAUAGAGAUGUUAAGAGGAGGCAAACUCCAAUGCAGGUUGUAGAACGUGAGAAUCAGUCAUUAAAAGCUCGUGAAGAUGCUCAGCAAUUGAUAGGAACCAAUUACAGUUCUGAACAAGACAUGGUGAGACGUGCACUUACUUUGGAUGAUGAUGAUUCUAGGGAUCCUGAACUAGAGAAGCAGCUGUGGUUUCAGAGACAAGAGGCAAGAUCUCGAGCUCGCAGAGAUAGACUAGUGGCCCAGCAGUUGGAAUGGGAGGCCUAUGAGCAUAACAGACAACAGGGUAGUAAACAAUUAAAUACUACACCUGCACCUGCACCUACACCUGCGCCUGCUUCCUCCUCUUUCACAAGAACUUCCAACAACGAUAAUCGUCAUUUCAAACCUGAACGUGUUAGAGACACUACAUUUGGUGCAAGUAAGAAUUCAACACAAGACACAGAGUAUUCUAUUUUGUAA